UUCCCAUUUCCCAACUCACCGCCGUUGAUGGGUUGCUGCUUUGGCACCGGCCACCAAUCGGAGAUCGACUCCGACAACGACGACCACGACGAUACUUCAGACACCAAUGUCAACCCCGUCAUUAUACCAAUGGCCCUCUCACAAGACGGAUGGAACAACAUCACCGAACAACAUCAAGAGGGAACAACGCCCUUCCGCCAUUACACUCUUCAGGAGCUAAUGGAGGCGACGGAUGGAUUUUCCGACCAGAACUUUCUCUCAAAAGGCGAUGGUGAAAUCCCGAACAACACUUACAGCGGCAGCCUUCCUGGGGGCCGGCGAAUCGCCGUCAAAAGGUUCUCCUUGUUGGCCUGGCCUGAUGAAGAGCAGUUCAAGUUGAUGGCGAUUAGAGGGGGAAGGUUGAGACACCGGAGGCUUGUGAACUUGAUUGGGUACUACUGCGAUGCUGAUGAGCGGCUUCUUGUGGCGGAGUUCACGCCCAAUGAUUCACUUGCCACGUAUCUUUCCGACUCUAAAAAUAGAACCAUGGAGUGGUCUAUGCGCUUAAGAGUCGCAUGCUAUAUAGCAGAAGCCUUGGAAUAUUGCAUCAAUGAAGCACGAACUCUGUAUUUUGAUCUAAAUCCAAAUAAAGUUCUCUUUGAUGAGGCCGGCAAUCCUUGUCUUUCUUGUUUUGGUCUUGCGAAAAAUCACAGCAAAAGGUAGACGUUUACCGCACUAACAUUUCUUACACGCCUCCAGAGUGCUUAACGGGCAUGGACAUAACGUUGGAGGAAAUUCAUGUAGUUGGAAUGGUCACUCCUGAAAGCAUGAUAUACAGCUUUGGCAUUCUGCUACACGAUCUACUUAGCGGAAAGCAACUUCCGGGAGACGAGGCAGUAAGGCUGGUAUUGGGUAGAAAAUUCCCUAUCAUUCUAGAUUCUCGUUUGAAUGGUGAAUAUUCUAUUGAAGAUGCAACUGCUUUGGUGAAACUUUCUGAUCAAUGUUUGGAAAGUAAUCCUACGGACAGACCCAUUAUAACAGAUGUUGUUGCAACCCUUGCACAAGUUCAAAACAAUGCUGCUGGGGGACCAUCUAAUGCAAUCCCAGGAACUGAGGGGCAAGAUACAUAAAACCUCACUUUUUCUGAGCAGUCCAAAGCAAGAUAGCAGACAAGGCACACUUGUACAAACAUCACAUUUCCAUGCACAUUUGCCAAAAGCCAAAAACUGGAGUGAACUUUUGCAUCAGAAACACCUAUUCGUUACUACAUUGAUUUUUUGGUGUACAUAGAGAAGUGUGAAUAUUCCCCUAUAUUGAUACCCAGAGGAAUGUCAAUGUCUUCUCAUGGAUGUUGACUUUGAGAAAAUUGCUAGAAGAAAACUGUUUCACAGGAGCUAAUAUGCAAAACUUGAUGAAUGUAUUUCAUGUCUUCUUUCUAGCAUUGU